GUGCAUGAAUGAAUGCAAUCUGCAACUUCUUUGAAAACACACAGCACUUGCCUCUUUACUACUUACUGCUGUUUACUUCCUACAUUCUCUACUUCCUCACUCUGUAUAUAUUGGCUCAUUAUUUUUCUUCCCUACCAAUCACUUGUUUGUGUCUGCUCAUUUCCUUCUCAAAUCUCAAAUUCUCAACCACCCCUUUCCAGCCAUGAACCCAAAACCAUCCGUAGAAUCUCUAGAAAAUGGAAUUUCUCAACAGAAUGUGAAGAGGGCGUCGUGUUCAGCCAUGUUCAUUUUGGCUUAUCAGAGUCUUGGGGUGGUUUAUGGGGAUCUCAGUACCUCUCCACUCUAUGUUUACAAGACCACCUUCUCUGGAAAGUUGAGCCUCCGUGAGGAUGAUGAGGAGAUCUAUGGGGUGCUUUCCUUCAUUUUCUGGACAUUUACUCUUAUUCCUCUCUUCAAAUAUAUCUUCAUUGUGAUGUCUGCCGAUGACAACGGUGAAGGUGGUACAUUUGCAUUAUACUCUCUACUCUGCCGUCAUGCAAGACUUGGCAUUCUACCGAAUCAACAAGAAACAGAUGAAAAGUUGUCUGCGUAUGCUAUAGAAGGAACAUCGAACACAUGGCAGAGUUCUGCUCUAAAGUCAUUCUUUGGAAAGUACCCAAAAUGCCGUAAGGGACUGUUGAUCUUUGUUCUGCUGGGAACCUGCAUGGCAAUUGGGGAUGGUGUAUUUACUCCUGCAAUAUCAGUUCUUUCAGCAGUUUCAGGUGCCAAACUAAAGUUCACAGGACUUCAUGAGAAUUAUAUCGUUCUCAUAUCAUGUGUCAUCUUAGUGGGGCUUUUCUCUCUUCAGCAUCACGGAACGCACAAAGUUGCUUUCAUGUUUGCACCAAUUGUCACAGCAUGGCUUCUUUGUAUUAGCGGCAUUGGAAUACAUAACAUAAUCAAGUGGAAUCCGUGUAUAUUUCGUGCACUUUCUCCGAUUUACAUGUUGAAGUUCCUCAGAAGCACAGGCAAGGAAGGUUGGGUGUCUCUAGGAGGAGUGGUUCUUUCAAUCACAGGUGUCGAGACAAUGUUUGCUGACAUAGGGCACUUCUCCACGUUGUCGAUUAAGAUAGCCUUCACAUUUCUGGUGUAUCCUUCUUUGGUUCUUGCAUACUUGGGUGAGGCUGCAUUCCUCUCUAGGCACCAUGAAGAUAUCCAGAGAAGUUUCUAUAAAGCCAUACCAGGCAAUACCAUACUGAAAUACCCAAAAGUUAAAGUUAUUCCUACUUUAUUCAUUGUAUUAAUGUCAAGUCUCAUAUGUGCAGAACCUGUAUUUUGGCCGGUGUUCAUAGUGGCUACUUUUGCAUCCGUGGUAGGAAGUCAGGCUGUAAUAUCAGCUACCUUCUCCAUUAUAAGCCAGUGCUGUGCAUUGAAUUGUUUUCCCCGUGUCAAAAUCGUUCAUACUUCAAGUAAAAUAUAUGGGCAGAUAUACAUUCCAGAGGUCAACUGGAUGCUAAUGUGCCUCUGUUUAGCCGUGACAAUCGGAUUAAGGGACACGAACAUGAUUGGACAUGCUUAUGGGCUGGCAGUCACUACUGUUAUGUUUGUCACAACUUGUUUAAUGGCAAUGGUGAUGACAAUUGUGUGGAAGCAAAAUAUAGUUACAACCUUCGCAUUUCUAGUGUUUUUUGGAUCAGUGGAACUCCUUUACCUCUCAGCGGCCAUUUUUAAGGUCCCAGAAGGUGGCUGGAUCCCACUUACUUUGUCCUUGAUUUUUAUGGGCAUAAUGUUUUUGUGGAACUAUGGAACGUUAAAGAAACACCAGUUUGAUGUGGAGAACAAGGUCUCAAUGGAUAGGAUAUUGUCUUUGGGGCCAAGCCUUGGCAUGGUUCGGGUUCCUGGAAUUGGACUUAUUUACACUCAUCUGGUGGCAGGCAUCCCUGCUGUCUUUGGACACUUUGUGACAAACUUGCCUGCAUUCCAUCAGGUGGUAGUUUUCAUAUGUGUCAAAUCUAUUCAAGUUCCUUAUGUUAGAGACAAGGAACGACUCCUCGUAGGCAGAGUAGGUCCAAAAGAGUAUGGCAUGUUCCGGUGCAUUGUGAGAUAUGGUUACAAGGAUCUGCAACAAGAGAAUUAUAAUUUUGAGAAUAGAUUGGUUUCUGCAAUCAUACAAUUUGUAGAAACAGAAGGAGGUGAGCUUGAUAAACCAAUGACAGAAUCAUUAACAGUGUUUAGAAGCUCCGAUGCUGAAGGCCUUGAUGCUUCUGAAUGCACCUUCACAUACCCUGGUCAUGAAGAGAAAAUGGUGCAUUCUAUCCAUGACAUCGAAGUGGUGAAAUCAGAGAUUUGGAAUUUGGAAGGCCCUAGUCUCAAAGAUGAAUCUGUUCAGAUACUGAAAGCUAAGGAGUCUGGCAUUGCUUAUAUCCUUGGGCAUUCUUAUGCGAAGGCAAUCAAAUCGUCUUCAAUUUUGAAGAAAUUUGCUAUCGAUAUUGUGUAUGCUUUUCUCAGCAAGAAUUGUAGGGGACCUGAUGCUGUUCUAAAUGUGCCACACACUUCUUUGCUAGAAGUUGGUAUGAUUUACUAUGUCUGACUUUUACAGAAAAUGUGCAUAUUGUACUUUUCUGUAGACUCUCUCUUGCCCUCAACAAGAAGAAAGGAGUAGCUAGCUAGCUAGGCCUUAAUACUGACAAGUUACAGAAUUAAGGUGGCAUCAUGCAUGAACCUCUAUGUAACUGCUUUGUGAUAUAUCAUAUACGCAGAUAAAGCCAAUGGGCUUCAGGUUUGCAUACCACUGCUCUUUAGAUGUAACA